UACAAUUGGAACCAAGUAUCUCUAAUCUAAUAAAGCUCUAGGGUGCAGACACAAAACACAAAACCCCUUUACCUUGUUCUCAACCACAAGUUGCAAAUCGAAGCCAUGCUUGAGGAAUCAGUAUCAUCCGCACCAACAUUCUGGUCCGGCCUCAACAGCUGGUUCACUCCCACUGUCUUCUUUGUGGUCCUUCAGCUUGUUAUUGGAACCAUUUACAUCACUUCAACCCUUGCCAAUGGCACUCGCAAACAACACCAACAGCAACAACAACAACAACACCAACACUGGGAACAACAAGAUCCUCAAGGUCAAGGACAUGAUUUUCCACAACAACCACUUGCUAGAUCCCCAUCUAUGUUGCAGAGGCUCAAAUCCAUCAACUUCUUCUACCACCCUUACGGAUCCCAAGACCCUCAUCAUCCUCAUGAACAAGAACACCAACACCAACCCCAACCCCAACACCAACACCAAAAUCCUCAACUUGCCAGAUCUCCCUCUAUGCUUCAAAGACUCAAGUCCAUUAACCUCUACAGUUACUUCCCCACUGAACCCUUCUCUUCUAAGCUCACAACCGACACCAACGUUUCCAACAUAACCCACGAAACUCACAAGCCGCAGAAACAACACGUGUACGACGACAACGCUGUGGUGGAAACUGAGGAAGAAUACGAGGAUGAUGUUGUAGGGCAAAUCGAAGACAACCUUAAUGAGCACGAGGAGGGUUCUUCUCUUGACGAGAUUUACAGCCAGCUGCAGGGGCAGGGUGGUCAUUUCGCCAGGGCGCUCUCCGACACCAAGCCUGCCGCCGGCGAGGUGCCGGUGAAGCUGCCGAGGAAGAUGAAAAAAUCGGCGAGCACAAAAUCUGCGUUCUCGCAUUUCAAGGAAGAUGACAUUGUGGUUGAGAGUCGCCGGCCGGCCACCGUGAAGGAGGCGAAGGUUGGAGGCGGCGGCGGCGGCGCGGACGACGACGGAGUGGAUGCGAAGGCUGACGAUUUCAUCAACAAGUUCAAGCAGCAGCUGAAGUUGCAGAGGCUGGAUUCAAUCAUGAGGUACAAGGAUAUGAUUGGCAGAGGAACAGGGAAGUAAAAGGUAUAACGAUAAUUAACAAUAAUAAUAAUAUCAAUAAUUUCAUUAAAAUUUCGGGGUUUCUAGUGUAAUUUUUUGUUAAUUUAGUUGUUAAUCUUCCUUUUGUAAAAUUAGUGGUUUUGAUUAAAAAAGAAAAAUUGAUUUUGUAAAGUGGAGUGCUGAGUCCGCCAUGUUCAUUUCAGCCUCUCCUUGUGGAUGUUUGAAGAACGAACUUUAUGUUAAUGACCCCUUAUUGUUUCUAUUUUUAUAUAAAAUAUAUUAUUGU